GGGAAAUACACACGUACAUUUCUUCGUCGGAAUGAUCCCGGAAAAAUAUUAGGUUUUCGUUUGUGGGGGGGUUAAUUUUGGGACAUGUUAAACACAGAAUGGGCCCAAGUAGAAGUGAUUGAACUAAUCAACGACGGUUCCGGCCUGGCGUUUGGGAUCAUCGGUGGUAAAUCUACAGGGGUCGUGGUAAAAACAAUCUUACCUGGUGGGGUAGCCGAUCGGGAUGGUAGACUUCAAAGUGGAGAUCAUAUUCUUCAAAUUGGCGAGGUCAAUCUCAGGGGAUUGGGUUCCGAGCAGGUAGCCUCAGUACUGAGACAGUGUGGAAUCUAUGUGCGCAUGGUAGUUGCUCGACCUGUAGACUCCACAACUGUAGAUAUACAGGCUUUGGGCAGUCAUGCGCCAAUUGUUCCUACCAAAAUUUUAAGUGAUCCUGUUGAGCUUGACCGACAUUUGUUGGAACAUGGAUAUGAGGGAGCUUGUUUACCAAUGCCACGUGAACAUUACGUGCCAAUUCCAUAUAAUCUUCAAAAUUCUAUAUCUGAUAUAGUAGAGGUUGUACGUGAUCCUCUUCCCAUAGGGAGAAUUCCAAUUAUUCCGAAAAUAUGUCCUCCUCCACCUCCUUUAAGCCCCCUAUCUAUAGACUCUCCCGAAACAGAAACUUUUACCAUAGAGCUAAAGAAAGAUGACUUGGGGUUAGGAAUAACUGUAGCCGGAUAUGUCUGCGAAAAAGAAGAACUUUCUGGAAUUUUUGUAAAGAGUAUAAAUAAAGGCAGUGCAGCAGACGCAACCAAGAUUAUAAAGGUGAACGACAGAAUUGUAGAGGUGAAUGAAACCUCAAUGGUGAACUUUACCAACCAUCAAGCAGUGGAAUACCUUAAGCAUUCGGGACCGAUGGUAAAAAUUAAAUUUGAAAGGUAUUUACGAGGCCCUAAAUAUGAACAGCUACAACAAGCAAUAAAAGCUGAUGAACUUAGAGCUCCCUCGCCAACUUCUUUAACUAUAACCUCUUUGCCCAAAGUACCUUUCAGUUUGGUGCAUAUGAGUCACCUAGGGAUAGAACCAGAAGGCGAGUCACGCACAAGCAUAGAUUUUGACUCCGCGGUGUUGUUUGAGCCUAUUGACGAGGAAAAAGAAAUUGUGCUGGAUGAUAGAAAAAUCACUGAUUUUGAGCUAAAAAGUCAGGAAGUUAUUUAUGAAAAAUGGAGGUGCCGGUUAAAUAAAAACGUUGAAAUCUUGAUUGCACAAAUUCAUAAGCCACAAGACAGUGGCUUGGGAAUUAGUUUGGAAGGCACGGUAGAUGUAGAGGAUGGCCAAGAAGUGCGUCCUCAUCAUUAUAUCAGAAAUAUUCUUCCCGAUGGACCUGUAGGAUUGAACGGCGUAUUACAAUCUGGAGACGAGCUGUUGGAGGUAAAUGGUACUCAGUUGCUUGGGCUCAAUCACUUAGAAGUAGUUACUUUUCUAAAGCAGCUCCCAGCUGUAGUAAACCUAGUUUGCGCCAGGUAUCCAGUUCCUAUUAGAAUAAUCGACACUGCGCAGCAUCCGGAUGCCUUUCAGGCUAGAAAAAUUUUGGCGGGUAGUCUUCAGACCCUUUUAAAUAGUCCAGAUGCAGUUCGUUUAGUCAAAGCGAAGUCUGAAUCAUCGAUAGUCUCGAGUUUGGGGAGUGAAACGCUUAGCAGAUCAAAAUCGAUGGAGUUCUUUAAUGGAAUUCCCAUGUGGUGUGAGGAACCGACUAUUGUAGAACUGAAUAAAGGAGACCACGGGCUCGGAUUUUCGAUAUUGGAUUAUCAAGAUCCUUUAAAUCCAGAAGAAAUUCUUCUAGUUAUCCGCUCGCUAGUCCCUGGCGGCGUUGCUCAAGCAGAUGGAAGAUUGAUUCCAGGAGACAGACUCCUGGGGGUAAACGAUAUCAGUUUAAAUGGAGCCACCCUUGAAACUGCCGUCCAAGUACUCAAGAAUACUCCUAAAGGGCCAGUGAAACUGGCUGUAGCUAAACCGUUAAGGGGCGGAGACGCUAUGUCCCACGUUAGCCAGGAAACAGAAGACGAUCAAACCUGCCUGGAAGACUUUCAAGAAUGCAUCGAAGAGUUCCAAGAAGACCUUCUUACACUUCCUAUUUUCAUUGAAGAUGAAUAUUCAUUUAAUCAUUCGCCAUCGACCUCACAAUUAGAAAACUACUCAAAAAAAUGCAUCCUAGACAAUAACUACCUAAACUUAAAGCCGUUUAACAAAAACAUCAGUGUUGACGAAAGCGAUUUAGAAAUAAGUUUUAAAAGUUCUAGUGAAAAUUGUGUCAAAUUAGUGUUAAAACAAGUGUCAUUAUCAGAAAAGGACGGUUACGAGACUUGUAUUGAAGAAUCUUUAUCAGAAGACAAUGCUAAAGUACAAAAUAACAAUGAAGUGAUAAUCCCUCCUAGCAGUUCAGAACCCUGUCUACCCACUGAAUUUUACCCAUAUUCUAAAAAUGUUUGCCUUAACUUUACCUCUAAUGACCACUGUGAAGAUGAUGAGUUUUUUCUUGUUCAAUACCCCACCUGUUUAAAAAAAGAAGUAUGUAAAAGUCUGAGCGAACCUUUAAAUUUAGAAACAAAAGAUCCGCCGGGAAAAAAACUUACAUAUAAACUAAGGGAAUAUUACAAUGAUUAUGAGGAGUGCCUUGUCGAAAAAAUCACCAGCUACGAAAAGCUGGAAUCAACAGAAAUGAGCGACUCUCAAAUUUUCAACUCAAUUAGUUUGCCCUUUAAAAGUCACUCCACGCCAGAUGUUAUGGAUCGUUCUUUUGUCACAUUGGUAUAUGAUCCUGGACCUGAGCAGUGUAGAAGAAAAUCUGCCUUCGUUUCAGGAUACGCUGUUGAAAAUGACAUGACGGUUAUAAGGUACGUUGAACCAGAUUUUGGAAAUAGUAUGAAGGACGCCGAAAAUAAAGCACUACAAAAACACUGGGGCUCGACGCAUACAGUAAGAGUCUACAGGGAACAAAAACAAGGACUAGGCAUUAGCAUCGUCGGUGGAAAGGUAGAUGUGCAACCGUCUGAAACCCAAUCAGAUGCUUUUCUGGGAAUAUUUGUUAAAUGUAUUACUCCCGGCAGUCCUGCGGCUAAAACAGGACAAUUUAAGGUCGGUGACAGAAUUUUAGAAGUAAGUGGAAUUGACUUAAGACAGGCUACACACGAAAAAGCUGUGAAGGCCAUAAAAGAUGCCUCCAACCCGGUGGUUUUCCUUGUUCAGUCACUUGUGCCUUGGCGGGACACCAACGACAUACAAAACAACAAUUUAGAUAAUGACGGGAGUUUCAAUCAUCAACUCUACAAUCACGACGAUAAUGACAAUGUUAGCAAUAAAGAAACAACAAAUACAUCUCCUAGAAUUGCAGCAGCAACGCCAAACCUUAGUAAAUCUUCAAAUCAAAAACCUUUUUCAGUUGCCGAUGAAUCUAGUGAUGAUGAAGAGGAUGAAACUGCUUUGGAAGGACGAACUGUAUCAGCGGGUGGACAGCAGAUUGAUCGCGCCAGUGCUGCCAACGUUCGAAGGUCCAAAGAGGAAAUCGCAGCUGACCAGGAGAAGGAAGACGAGUUCGGUUAUACUACAAACAAAGUAAAAAAGAAAUACGGUAAUCUGGGUCACAAUAUUCUGAUGGUGCAGUUGGAACGAAGUAGCGCAGGACUUGGACUUAGUUUGGCGGGACACAGAGAUCGGAGUUGUAUGGCUGUAUUCGUUUGCGGCUUAAAUCCAAAUGGAGCGGCUUUCAAAACCGGUUCAAUUCAAAUCGGAGAUGAGAUUUUGGAAGUUAAUGGUGUAGUGCUUCACGGACGGUGUCAUCUCAACGCUUCCGCCAUCAUUAAAAGCUUAACAGGACCUGUUUUCAAAGUUAUUGUUUUGAGGCGAAAAGCUGCCAUCGAUGAUAUUGCGGUCAAACCAAUUACUCAGUUCCCAGUUUCACUGGCGGAGGAGACAUCGGAGGAGCACUUUAGCGCCAAUUAUCCUAAUGUUCGAACCGUGGCUAUUAAAAAGCCAUCUGGGCAUAGUUUGGGUAUUAUGAUAAUAGAGGGGAAACAUGCCGAAGUCGGUCAGGGCAUAUUCAUAUCUGACAUACAGGAAGGAAGCUCUGCCGAAAAGGCUGGACUGGAAAUUGGAGAGAUGAUAUUAGCAGUGAAUAAAGAUUCUCUCAUAGGAUCGAGUUAUGAUACGGCCGCAAACUUACUUAAAAGAACCGAAGGAUUGGUGACACUUAUCGUCUCAAAACCGGGAAAAAAGGAUCAAUCCGGGACCCUUUCUGCCACCCCGUCGGACAAUAGCGUGGGGGAUGCUAAGGGGGCUGGGAAGCCUGGCUUAAAAACCCCUACCACUCCUUCUAGGCCUACUACACCUGUACCUGAACCCCCAGCGGAUCCUUUAACCUGUCCCAUAAUCCCGGGAAGAGAGACCACCAUCGAAAUAACUACCAAUAAUGAUAUCCUAGGAAUCGCCUUUAUCGGUGGAAAAGAUACCGUCAUAACUGACGCAAUAAUAUUAACGGAAGUAUAUAAAGGAGGCGCGGCCGACAAAGACGGCCGCUUGCAACCGGGCGAUCAGAUUUUAGAAGUGAACGGAACUUCGCUUAAGAAUAGUACAAACACCUCCGCGUCUCUAGCAUUGAGACAAACACUGCCAAAGAUGAAAAUUAUCGUUUUAAGACCGAACAAUUUAGAAUUUACACCAUUAGAAGUCGAUUUCGUCAAGAAACCUGGCAAAGGUAUCGGCCUGAGCAUUAGUAGUCGCCAGUCUGGAAAAGGAGUUUACGUGGCUGACAUUAUUGCUGGUACACCGGCGGAAUUGGAUGGCAGAAUAGCAAAAGGUGACAUUUUGAUAACCGUAAAUGGUCAAAACAUAGAAAAUGCAACGAGCGAAGAAGCAGGGGCCAUUUUAAAGACUGCUACGGGUAAAAUUUCCCUAAAACUUCACAGAUAUAAGCCUUGUUCGGGUAAUUAAUGCAUAAUACUACCAUCUCCGCACUCUAGCAGACGUAGCUAAUUGACAAUUUCGGCUUUUAUUUUGCAAUUCUCGCCACUAUAUGACUGAUUAACUCUUUAUAUGGCGAAAAGUGUGGUUCGGAAGAGGUCCGCCGCUUGAGUAAUUUAGGUAAAUACGAGUAUAUUAGGAUAAACUUUUAAAUUCCUAUAAGAAUGUUUUUAGUACGUUAUUGUUAGUUAUUAUAUUUCGAAUCUAAAAAAUAUGUUUAAUUAGAGGCAAAUCGACUAUAUUACUAUGGUAGAAUGUAGAAUUACGAGGGUAUCCAUUUGGGGUUGAAUAACGGGUUUCGGUUUUUAGUUUAGAGGGACCAUUUUUUAAAUUUAGCUGUCAUCAGAGCUUAGUAACCUGGGUAAGUAAUUGAAUUCAUACAUUUUGGAUCAACUGUACAUAUACUAUGGUGGGUUAGCUACAACACACAAUGGAUGCCCUCCAUUUUUAAUAAAUUAAGUAAUAAACUAAAAAUCGCAAACUGUAAAUUAUUAUUUUAAAGCAAGUGUGAUAUUCAUGAUGUCCUUUACGCCGCAGCAUUUAGAAGUGUCCCCUUUAGUAAAUUAUUAAAAGGCGUAGGAGCAGAGGUAGAUAAUAAAUAUAUUAUUACACA